GAAUAAUAAAGUAGACCUGAAAUAUAUACUAUAUAUAUCGCUAAGCUUAAGAAGUAAAAAUUUCAAAAUAUAAUUGACCUAACUACGAGAUCAAGAUGGUUAAGCUCUAUUAAUUUGAAGGCAAUGCAGAGUGAUGAUUUAGGUUAAUUAUUGUUUAUUUCCUGCAAAACACUAGAAGUAUUGUUUGUUCUCAGUAUUAAAUCAAAAUAACGUGGCUUAAAAGAACUCUAAAGUUAUGAAAUAUUUUAGUUCGUCAAUAUUUCAAGGUAUCAUCAUCGGUUGGGUUACUUCCGUCUUGAUAUUUAUAUUGUUGGUCUUUGUAGGAAUGUGGGGCAAAAUAACGGGACUCGAUGUCAUGUGGGACUUGCGUGUUGGUUUGUUCUUGACGGCUGUAACAGUGACCACAAAAGUAAUAUCUUUUAUUGCAUGUUUCAUGAUGCCGGCUAUUUUAACAGGAAUGCUUGUCUUAAACAAAAUACCAACGCUGAACGGGUCUGGUGCAAUGAUUAGUCAAUUAAUAGAAGCAUCUAUAACUCUUAGUCCAUUGUGUACUUUAAAAGCCUGCUUUAAUUCUGGUAAAACUCGUAAACUUGCUAUCGUUAUUGCCUCAGUCCUGGUUUGGCAAUAUACGGUAUCACUAGCUGAUUUGUAUCUCCAUAUAACCGCUGUUGGAAGGUCUCAACAACUGCCAGGAUUAAUGAUCCCAAGUGCGAGAUCAUUAGAUAUAGCAAAAAAUUGUUCCUUUUCAUACAUUACUACUUGUUUUAGAAAUAAACGUGGACUGAGCAAUCCAGGUAAAGCAUUGAAAAUAUAUCGAAAUACGAGUGAUACAUUUCAGAUUUGGAAUAAUGAUGAUGGUGUUUACCUUUUGCAAGCUCCGCCUUUAAAUACAAGCUAUGCAUAUUCAGGAUCUGGUAUCUUAUUAAAACCUUUCUGUGAACCAGUCAGUACAUUAUGCAAUUUAAAAGCCAGAUAUGGUGCUAUGACAAAUUAUUCUUGCCCUGAGUCACUGUGGUACGCCUCAGGGAAUACACAAACUGUACUAUCCGAUGUAAAUGUUACUAGUGACGUUUUUGAACCGAUUGAUAACUUAUACAUAGCAUUAAAUCCUAUACAUGCAAUUGUCACUAUACGAUAUAAUACUGAACGUAUAGAAUAUGAUUCUGAGUUCGUAGGCGAAGUUCAUGGUGGCCAUUCAAUCUUGCUACACUGCCAAAUCUUAACCUCAAUAACUGAAAAUGUUGUCACUCUUGGAUCGUUAAAAUCAUUACCAUUAGGAAAUUUGACAACUUCGCAACAAUUUGCCCUUGGUGUUGCAUCAUCGGAAGGUGAAUUGCUUAGGAGAACGGUAGAUGAUGUUGAAGAUGUAGCACAUAGUACUGGUAAUAGCACGUUAUUUGCCAAUGCAUUUGCACAACAAUGGGCUCAAGCGACAAUUGCCGGAUUUAGUAGUGGUGCAGUACAAGCAAAUGGGGAAGGAGAUGGGGAAGGAGAUGGGGAAGGGUAUGGUUAUGUGCUUGAAGUGAUUAAGGAACAAACUUUUGCUCCACUUUCAGCUGUUUUGAUUUAUGCCAUUGUCAUCACAUUCCCACUAUUCAUCUUUUCCUGUGUAUGUGUGUUUUCUCUGCAAAAUGAUACUAUCUGGAUACUUGUUGAAUUCAUUUGUACACCACAGAGACUGCUUUACCAAGCCUUAUUUAAGGAGCAUCAUAUGGAUGAUGCUUGUUCAAAAAGUUUAUCAGAUCAAGCAAUGAGAAUUAAAGAGGUGGAAUGUGAUGUCAAAUUAGAAGAGGGACAUUUAAAAUUGACGACAAAAAUACAAUAAAUUAAAACAACAAAAAUGUAUUUUAUAAUUUAUAAUAAUGGUUGAUUAGUACUUUAAUAUUUUGAUAGACGGAAAAACAAUAAUUCUAGAAAUUUCAGACAUUCCAUAAUAUAAUAAUAAUAUCCGGAUAAUGAUCACGUUAAAAAGCGUAUUUUUAAUACUCUUCAAUGGCGAUAAUUAUCAUUAUUUAUUAUAAAAUUCAGUUAAGUAUUAAAUUAAUGAAAGCAGCUAUAUAACCCACCGUAAAAAUUGCCUUACAAUUAUAUUAUAAUGGUUUUAUGAGGAAACGUUCAAUAGUUGUUGAUCUCAUCGUUUAUUUGUUUAAAUCAUAAAUAAUUAAAUGAAAUUAAUAAAGACUAAUGGAAUAAAAUAAAAGAU